CAGCAUUUCUCUUGUCGUCAUCAACAUUAAAGCAUGAGAGGACCUGCAUAAUAUUACAAUAAUGUUGUUCAAUUGCUGUAACUAACUUUCUGGUUUAUAAUGUCAACAUACACAACUAUCCAGUUACCGUGUUGGGAUGGUGGCAAGUUGAAAGUUCGCUUCAUAUACUUGUCAAAUAGAAGCUCUUUCAAAGUGACGAGCUGUCCUAUCGAGGGACCAAUGGUUCCUCUCUUUUUAGGGGCUGAUAUCUUCUCAAACACUGAUAUCCGCACAGAGAACCAUCCCAGAUAUCAUGCAAAGUUUGCAAAGAAAGGAUUGGCAACUAAACUACAUUUCUCCUCAGCUUUUAGAUUCCAUGGACUGAGGGUACCCACUGCCAACAAUUGCAUGUGGUUCUACAGCAUCCAAGGUGUUUUUCGAGUGGCCUUUGAAAUGUAUAGUAAACAAGAGCAGCUCUCUGUGUUGGAGAACUUUCAGGAGGUAUGGAAGUCCCGCCUAAAUGACAUCCCACUAAAGAUGAACUACAACCUGAGUGUCCAGCUGGAUCCUCCACCACCCCAGAUCGUUGUGGAGAUGUAUGACCAAGACCUAAAGCUCAAACUGAUGUCCCGGAAUCCCCAAGGUUACCCAUCUCAAUCUGUGGAAAUCCCAGAGGCAGACACAGGCCCUUCAGGUGACACUUCAGCAGACCACGAUUACUGCUUUCUGACAAAUGAGAGUAUGCCAGCACAGCCAGUCUAUCUAUGUCCCUCCAUCUUAAGUCAAAAACUGCAGGGCUUGGAGGAAAAGCUGAGCUCUGAGAAACAGCUGGGGACUGACCAGCAGGAGACCAUACUGCUUCUGUUGGAGAGCAUUGAGCGCUGUGUGAGCAGGCCCCUGGAGGAGAGGGAUGUGGCGGACAUUGUACUAGCUCUGCUAGAGGCUCGGAAGUGGGGCUCUGUGUACUCCAGCCACCUGCUUCACUCCAUAGGCUGCUGGCUUGGCCAGCAGUUCCAUGGAGCCAACAGUAGCAUCAGCCAGCAGGUAGAGGGCUUCAAGGUGCGGCACAUAGAGCGAAUCACAGAUCUGCCACCCGCAGAGGAAUUGGCCUCAGAGCUUUUUCCAGAGGCCAUGCGAACACUGCUGCUUCACUGGAUGGGUCUGAGUGAUGACUCAUCCCUGUGGAAGAGACAGAGCGAGUACCCCAUCCUGCUCCUAAUCCUGGAGUUUGCCAACCACAACCUCAUCACUGGUGUUGCACAUGUGCUUUACUCAAGUCUUAAGGUGAAUUUAGAUUUAGCCAACUCAAAAGAGUUAAGUACCGAAGAAAGUAAAACUACUGUUGUAAAAAAACUACUCAAGUAAAAAGUAGUUAAUUUAAAAAGUACUUAAGAGUAAAAGUAAAUGAGUUACUUUUAAAAUUAAAACAUUGAACUAAUUGAUAUUUAGCAAUUGUUUUCUACCCGAAUGUUGUUACCAUAGAGAUCAUGUUGAAUUUAUAUUAUUAGUAUUCUAGUUCCUAAUUUGUUACACAUGAUCUUUUCCAUGCAAUUACUUUAAAAGAGGAAUUGAAUGUAAAAUCUCAUUAGAAAUUUGUGUUUUUUGGUGUAACGUUAUAGGCCUACAAUGCUAUGGUAUGUAUUAUAGUCGGUUCUGUUAUGUAAAAUGCAAAUUAUCAAUGUGAUCUUGCAAGACAUUGAUUCAGCUUUGAUCUAACUUUACUAAUUGAGCACCAUUGUGAGAAGUGAUCUUCUAUUUGUAAUAAUAAUGUGAGUAUGACUAUUAGGCAUAGGUAAUAGAUCUUGAUUAUGUCUUUUUUUUUUCUUUUUUUUUUACAGUAUUUUUUGGAAUUUCACAAUUUUCACCCAUAUUAAAGAGAUACAACAACAGAGACAAGGCAAAAAAAACAACAAAGAGAAACAGCACCCGCCUACACAUACCUGCGCAUACAUAUAUAUAUACACAUAUACAUACACAUACAUACGCACACCAUCUCCCUCCCCCUGCUUCUCCCACCCUAUCCCCAUCAUUGCGUCUCUCAAUACACACAUUUUAAACAAACUUACAAACCGAAAUUAAACAAAAAAGCUCGGUUUAAACUAAGAAGUUAGGUUCCACACAUGGAACAUACAGUGUAAUUCUGAGUACAUAGAUCACCACCAUUCUAAGAGAAUCCUUGCAGCAUAAUAGCUGAUAGCUCAGGUUCUAGGUAAUUUAGAUAGGGUUCCCACACUUUGUAGAACUGAUCUGUUUUAGAAUGCAAUGUACAUGUCAGAUAUUCCAGAGGCACCCAUUCAAAAAGUAUCUUAUGCCAAUCUUUAAUAGAAGGAACCUUAUCACUAAUCCACCGUAAAAGGAUGUUUUUCCUUGCAGCAAAGGUAAGGAUGUUGUAAAGCCUCCUCUUACUCACAGAAGUAACAUGCCUACUAGGGAGACCUAACAGUAACGAAACUGGGUCCAAUUCUAGAUCAACCCCUAGGAUCUUUUCAAUUUCUUGCAGAACACCAGACCAGUAUCGUUGUAUUUUGGUACAUGACCAUAAACAAUGUGUUAGGGUGCCUGUAUCAGUUUUGCAUUUAAGACACUGAGGGGAAGAGGAAGAGGGGCUAAAGGCAUGUCUGCGAUUUGGGGAUAUGUGCAAUCUGUGUAUUAUUCUUAAUUGGAUUGCUUUAGUACGAUUACAUAUAGAUAUUGUUUUUGCAUAUCUCCAAAUGUCCUCCCACAUCUCUUCGUCAAUAGUCACAGACAAUUCUUUCUCCCACACUUGUUUCACCCUCUGUGUGUUGACAGCAGGAAAGGACCUUAAAGCAUCAUAAAACAGACUUACAGACAUUUUCCUUUGUGGAAAAAAAAUCAUUCUCUCAAUGACAGACAUAUCAGGGUUACCAAUUAAGGUGGUGCUCUUCACAAUAUAAUGUCUUACUUGUAGGAAGCGGAAAAAGUCCUGCUUUGGGAGUCGAUAUUUCUCCACCAUCUGCUCAAAUGACAAUAGAAUCUUAUCAGCAAAUAAGUCAUUUAGUCUGCGUAUGCCCUUAUUAAGCCAAAAGUUAAAGCCAGCAUCCAGCAAUCCUGGACCAAAAUCUGGGUUGUUAAGAAUUGGGGUAAGAGCAGAGGUUAGUUUGGACCUUCCCAGGAAGCGCUGAACUGACCUCCAAACCUUGAGUGUGUUAAGUGUAAUAGGAUUAUUGCAGUGAUCUUCUACAGACUUGAAACUUCUGAAAAAUAAAAGAUCCUGUAAGGGG